CUAUACGCUGUGAAAAGAUCUUGAGAUGUCGAGGCAUCGUGUGGUUCCUAUUACGUAGAAACACACCAAGAGUUGCGUUGAAGUUCUCUGAGUUUCUGGCGAGACUGCCAGGAGGAACAGACGUCCUUCUAGAAACAAGAACCUGGAGGAGUCUCAGUGAACAUUAAAACUCAUGAUAUAAGUCUGGAUUAAAGAUCCUCCUUUAAUUCUAUAUCUUCGUCAGAUGAGGUGGCGAUAUAAUGAAAUAUUUCUGACUCCCGACAUUAACCAAUUUAAGGAAUACUAGUUGACGUCGUCUGAAAGCCGGAAGUCACCAGGAGCGAUGGAGGGCUCGCUUUGGUUGACGUUAAUUGCUACUUGUGUAUUACUCAAGUCUUCACAUUCCAUUUCUGAUUAUGAAGGACUUCCCUUUGACUUAGGUUGCAGUGAACCUAUGGAUAUAGUGCUUUUACUUGAUACAACUAUAAACAAUUCAACACAAAAUGACGAGUUCAAAAAGUUUCUAUUAGAUUUAGUCGAAGAUUUUCAUAUUGACUCUGGAACUGCCAGGGUAGCCUUUGUAUCAUUCAGUUCCAGUCCAGUGCUACAUUUUAGACUUGAUAAAUACUCUUCUAAAGCGGACAUCAAGUCGGCCAUAGAAUCUGCAGUUUUUACGCCAGGAGAGAGAAACUUUGCAGAUGCGUUCGAUUUACUUCGGAGGCAGGUAUUCUUUGCGCCUUAUGGCGAUAGACCGGAUGCACCAAAUGUUAUCCUUUUGAUAACAACAGGAAAUUCUGAGAGAAAAAAAUAUGAAGCAUCGCAACAAAUACAGUUUUUAAAAGACCAAAACAGCAUACUGGUGGUAUCGAAAGGGGUAAAGGACAUGACAGAAAUUCACUCUUUUGCCAGCGUCCCUUAUUUGGAGAAUACUUAUGAACUCACACAAUCGGAGAAUAUUAGUUUAAUCAAAGACCUAGCGUAUGUUGGAAUUUGCUCAAGAACCCAUCUGGCGUUUCUUUCUCCCAUAGAAGGAAGUAAUAAAACGGAUUUAACUCUGCUUCUCCAUUACUCUGACACCACAGCUGAGAGUGAUUUCAAUUUAAUGGUACAGUUCUUGCAAAAUCUGAUAUCUAAUGCAGACGUUAAUAAUGAUGACGUCAGAGUAGCUUUUCUUGUUUACGGCAUGGGAACAACCACCAUAUUUGAUUUUAAUGAUUACAGACAAAACAAGAAAAAGCUUUUGAAUGCACUGAAUAUAGAUUUUAGCAGCUGGGGUUCUAAAGAAGCGAAUUUAGCUGGUGCUUUAGAUGUCGUUCGCACGUCAAUUUUUCUGGAAGCUUCAGGUGAUCGCUUGGAUGUUCCAAAUACGCUUGUGGUAAUCACGAACGAUAACUCUGAUAGCAAAUAUGUCCCUGCAUUUCCCCAAAGUGUAGCUGAAAUGAAGAACUGCGGAGUUACAAUGAUUGGAGUGGGCUUGAAUCUAUACAAUAAGGAUGAAGUGAAUGCGCUCUCUGAUUCUCAUACCUUUAGUUUCAUUUUGAACGAUGCUUCUCAGCUCGCUGUUGUCUUGCAAGAAAUCCAAAAUAGACUUCCUUCACUGAAUAAAAUUGUAAGCACGACACCAAGCAUCGUUUAUGAAGAAUCAACAUCUGACAUACAAAUUACAGACGGUAUUGAUAGUAACGAUAAAGCAGAUGUAGCUGUUGUAUUUCACGCAAGUCAUAAAACGAAAGCAAAGGAUUUUAAACACAAAUUGCUGAACUUUAUAUCAAAUCUCUUUGCAAAAGCUCGAAUAGAUUCUGGAGAAGUUAGGGUUGCCUUAGUUAAUUAUGGUGCGUCGGGAAAGAUUCUAUUUAACUUUAACAAAUACUUAAAAAAGUCAGACUUGCGGAAAGCCAUUAGAAAAAGCAACCCAAAAGUUAGAAACAGCAACGCUAACUUAGGUGAUGCCUUACACUUAGUAAGAACACAAUUGUUUACCAAGCAAGAGGGUUCGAGAACAGAGGAAGGGGUUCCUACUGCCAUUAUCCUUAUAACUGAUAUGGCGUCAUCAAAGUCAGCAUAUUCCGUCCAAGACGAGGCUAAUAGGUUAAAAAGAGAUUCUAAAACGUCGAUUUUCACGAUUGGAAUGGAAAAAGCCGAUCGGAAGGAGCUGCAGACAAUUUCAAGUAGUCCAACAGGAAAUUAUUUCCAGUCAGUUACACAGUAUAAAGACCUCAUUUCAAAUAGUGAUAUCUUGGCAAAUGUUGUUAACGGAAUUAGGGCACUUCAAGGUCGUAAAUCCACGAAGACAACUCACGCCACCUCAGCCCCUGGACUAAACACAGAUUUAGAACAGCAAAAAUCUCUGAAACGAAACCUUUUAAGAAAUGGCGACGAAGCACAGAUUAUUUUUGCCUUCCAUGUGUCAUCAGCGGUACAAACGGACGAGGCAGAUUUAUUGAAACAGUUCUUUAAUGAUGUCCUGCGCAGGGCGGAUACCGAAAAUGGAAAACUGAAGGUCGCUAUAAUAGGAUAUAACGAUCAAGCGACAACUUAUCUCAACUUUUCCAGAUCGAUAACAAAAAGAGACUUGCUAUCUUUCAUUGACUACGCGGUGGACAGCGAGAGGAGAUCAGCGGGAAGGACAGUUAACGCUGCUACAGUCUUUGACGCAGUUUCUAGUAUUCUCCCGCAGGACGAAAUUCCCAAAGCCUUGAUUUUCAUAACGGACCAACAAUCCACCGUUAAUUCUGAUAACCUAAUGGAAAACCGAAUGAAAAGAAAACUAGAAGAUGUGGAUCUAUUGGAGAUUUUCAGUGUUGCUGUCGGAACUAACUCUAAAGAUGAACCGGCCGCCUUGGCAUCAACUCCAGAUAAUGUUUUAAGUGUUUCCGAAUACUCAAGCUUACCACGAAUUAGCGAGGAACUUGUGCGAAGACUUAGAAUACUCCGGACUUUAGCCGAUGUGACUCCUGAUUUGAAAGACCAAAUGGUAACUACAACACCACCGCAACAAGAGUAUGUUAUCACUUCACCACCUCCUCCUCCACCUACAAUCUUCACAUCUUCAAAAAUUUCUGAACCCACUGGACCUUCAAAACAGAAAGUUUGUAGUGAAAAGGUGGAUCUAAUUUUUGUUCUGGACUCUUCAACCAGUGUUGGGCAGAACAACUUUGAUAAGAUGAAAGCAUUUGUCAAGACAUUCUUGAAUUCAGCGGAAAUAGAUAAAGGAGAUGUUCGAAUAGGAAUAUUAUCGUAUAGUACUGUUGUCAACGUUGAAUUCCAUUUAAAUGAAUAUAAAACCAAGCAGAGCGUUCUUGAUGCUAUUGACGAGAUUCCAUGGAGAUAUGGAAGCACCAAUACUGCUGAUGCGUUGAAGACAAUGCAUGGAACAAUGUUCACUGCUUUGCAUGGUGAUAGAGUAGAUGUUACAAAUAUCGCUAUCGUGAUCACAGAUGGAGUUUCCAAUAUCAACGGUCAAAGAACUCUUACGGAAGCAAAGGAUGCAAAAGAGAAAGAUAUUCAUAUAUACGCCAUUGGAAUUGGGCUGUCAGAUAUGCAGGAGGUUAAUGGAAUAGCCUCGUUUCCACCUUCUACUAAUGCUUUCGCUGUGAAAAACUUCGAUGAACUUGAAGGACUUGACAAGACUAUUUUCCAGUCCAUUUGCGAAAGUGUAGUUACACGGCCACCAACAACCUCUGCUCCAACAACGCCUAUUCCAGUGUGCUUUGACAUGGCGGAUGUUGUGUUUGUCCUGGAUUCCUCAGACAGUGUGAAGCCGGAAGAUUUUCAAAAGGUGAUUAACUUCUGCAAAAAACUUCUAAAUCAACUGAAUAUUAACGGUGGUGAUGUUCAAAUUGGAUUACUGACAUUCAGUUCAAAAUCUUGGGUAGAAUUUUACCUUAAUGAUUAUAGUACUAAAGACGAACUGGAGAGAGCUAUUGAUAACAUACCUUGGCGUUAUGGACCGAUAAAUACAGCUGCAGGAAUCCGCACAAUGCAUCAAAAUAUGUUUAUUCCAUCAAAAGGGGAUAGACCAGAUGCCCCGAAUAUAGCCAUUGUUAUAACAUACGGCACAUCUAUCAACCCAGAGAGUACAAGUCAAGAGGCAGCGAUUGCCAGAGCUAAAGGAAUACACAUUUUUGCAGUUGGUUUAGGUUCAUAUGAUGCUUAUGCAGAGAUUAAUACUAUAGCGUCUCAACCUUCGGGGAAGAAUGCAUUUUUUGUAUCGUCAUUUUCUCAGUUAGAUGGAUUGGAUGACGAAAUAGUUGCGUCUUCUACCUGUCCAGAGCCAACUUUUGAAGUGGGUUAUGAUAUCGUAUUCCUUGUGGAUUCUUUCGGUAUAUCAAGAUACGUCUUUGAGGAUAUGAAAACUUAUCUCUAUCAAAUCAUUGACAUGCUCAACAUAAAUGAGGGAGAAUACAGAGCCGGACUUGCUCAAUACACGCAAGGGAACAACACCAAUACUGAAUGGCAUCUAAACAGAUACAAUACAAAAAGUGAUAUUCUGUCAGCCACCUUCAGGAUUCCGUUUGUUCAAGGAUCCGGAAACCGAGAGAUUGGAAACGGAAUAGAUUAUAUCAGACAGAAUAUGUUCACGGACCAAAAUGGAGACAGGGUCAUUGGACGAAAUCUCAUUGUAUUACUCACCGGUGCUAAUAAAAGUGAAAACGUAUAUGAAUCUUAUAGGGCAGCUGAGCGUGCUGAAGAAGCUGGAAUAAAUUUGUAUACCGUUGGGUUUUAUGUUGGUGAUACACAGGAACUAAAACAAAUAAGUACUUGGCCUCUACAAACGUAUAACUAUAUGGUGAAUUCUGCCAGGGACAUCGCUACCUCUCCAGCGAGCUUAUUCAGUUCAAUUCAAGAACAAAGUGAACCUCGUCGACAGAGACCUUUACCACCUGCUACAUCAACUGCAGUUUCAACUGGAAGCUCGUGCUUUGCGAAAGUGGAUCUGAUAUUUAUAUUGGACUCUUCAACAAGCGUUGGACAAGACAAUUACGACAAGAUGAAACUGUUUAUUAAGAAGUUUUUGCACACAGCCAACAUUGACGGCGGUGAAGUUCGUGUCGGUGUCGUGUCUUACAGCACUACAACAACAGUUGAAUUCCAACUCAACACUUACAGUACCAAAGCCGCCGUAUUUGAAGCAGUCGACAAAAUACCGUGGCGAUAUGGAAGCACAAAUACAGCAGACGGUCUGCUGGUCAUGCACAAAGAAAUGUUCACGGCACCCAAUGGUGACAGGUCCGAUGUACCAAACAUAUGCGUCAUAAUGACUGACGGCGUCUCUAACAUCAAUUACCAAAGAACCAUUCCCGAAGCUGAGGUUGCACGCGAGAAGGGUAUUCAUAUCUAUGCUAUUGGUAUUAAUUUACAAGACGUGCAAGAACUGAACGGAAUAGCCAGUCAACCAGCAAGCGUCAAUGCAUUUGCCGUGAAAACCUUUGAUGAAUUAGAGGGUUUAGACGAGAAAAUUUUUGAAUCCGUUUGCCCAGUUACUACGACCGUGCCAACCACACCAAAAGUUGAAUCCGGAUAUGACGUAAUAAUCAUGUUUGAUUCAUCAGUAUCCAGUCAAGCAUUGUUCGAAGAAAUGAAAAAUUUUGCAAUUCAAUUGACUCGCGAACUGAAUGUCGAUGACCAAGAAUAUCGAAUCGGCUUUAUGAGAUAUAGCACUGACGCAGAGGCCCUCACUCAACUUAACACGUAUAGGAAAACAGAUGAUAUAAUUCGGAGCAUGUUAUCAAUGAAUUACAGACCUGGGGAAAGUAAUCUUCAAAUAGCAAUCGACACAGUCACUCUCAACAUGUUUAGAGACGACAAUGGAGACCGAGAUUUUGCCAGAAACUUAAUUGUUUUGCUGACGGGUGUGGACCAAAGUUCGAAUCCAUAUGACGCUUUCCGAGCUGCAGAAAGAGCUGAGGCUUUGGGAAUAAAUCUGUAUACCGUAGGGUUUUACCUCAAUGACACGUUUGAAAUCAAUGGUGUAUCAACACAUCCUCUAUCCAAAUACCGAUACUUAAUCAACAACAGGAGAGACCUCCAAGGAACGAUGAUUUCUUUAUCCAAAUCUAUUGAUAAAAACAUACAACCACGAAGAGAAAGGCCAUAUCCAACGACAACUACCACAACAACAACGACCACAACAACCCCACCACGUGAUUCCGGAUAUGAUGUUGUCAUCAUGAUGGAUUCCUCAGUUCCACAGAAAACGUUUGACGCCAUGAAAAAAUAUGCCAAAUCCCUGGUCAAUCGAUUCGACAUCGAAAACAAAGAAUUCACUGUGGGCCUUAUGAGAUAUGGAGAAUCCAACGAUAAGCAAUGGGAUCUAAAUGACUAUGCUUCGAAAAAGGAUAUUGUUUCUGCUGUUGAUAGAGUGGGUCAUAAAAGAGGAACUGCAUCUGAUGCAGCAGGCGCCAUCCGUAUGGUACGACGAAGAAUGUUUAACGAAAGAAAUGGCGAUCGCGACUUCGCUCGAAAUCUCAUUUUCUUAAUGACAGCAAAUGAGAGGAGUGAUGAUAUAUAUGCCACAUGGAAUGAAGCAGAAGAGGCAGAAAAAGAAAAUAUUAAUCUGUACACUGUUGGUUUUGACUUAGACGAUACAACAGAAAUUGAUGAGACUUCAACCCACCCUCUCUAUAUUUAUCGUCAUCUCAUUAAUACAGAGGAAGGAGAUGGUGCUUUGGACAAAUCCACAGCAGAAAUCCUCGGUUUAAUUGAUGAAGAUGUAGAGCCACCAAGACCGAGACCAAAACCAACAACCACCACCACCACCACAAUGAUGCCAACUACAACUAUCAAUCAGUGUUUCGCAAAAGUGGAUUUGGUUUUUAUUCUGGAUUCGUCCACUAGCGUGGGAAACGAUAACUAUGACAAAAUGAAAGUGUUCGUUAAGAAGUUUCUUCACUCUGCAAACAUAGAUGGUGGGGAGGUGAGAGUUGGUCUUGUGUCUUACAGUACUCAAGUAACGGUAGAAUUCCAGCUCAAUACCUAUAACACAAAGGCAGAGUUGUUUGACGCCGUUGACAAAGUUCCUUGGAGAUAUGGAAGUACCAACACCGCCGAUGGACUUAAAACAAUGCACGAAGAAAUGUUCUCCGAAGCCAAUGGUGACAGGGCAGGUGUUCCAAACAUUUGCAUUAUCAUGACUGAUGGCGUAUCCAAUAUCAAUUACCAAAGGACGAUUCCUGAGGCUGAAAAGGCGAGAGAAAAGGGCAUACAUAUUUAUGCCAUUGGUAUUGCACUUAAAGAUUUGAAGGAAGUGAAUGGAAUUGCUAGUGAGCCGGCCAGUGUGAAUGCGUUUGCAGUUAAUUCUUUUGAUGAACUUGAAGGUUUAGAUGAGAAAAUCUUUGAAUCUGUCUGUCCAGUAAUAACUACGACCAUGCCUACGACAACCACAACAAAACCUCGAGACACUGGAUAUGAUGUCGUAUUCCUGCUAGAUUCUUCUGUGGAUGAUAGGAGAGUCUUUAACCAAAUGAAGGACUUUGCAAGUAAUCUUGUGGAUAAUCUCAGUAUCGAUGAUGAAGAGUAUCGCAUUGGUCUCGUACGCUACAGCGGGGAUUCAGAUACAUUUGCGCAUUUAAAAGACCUCGAUACGAAACAAGAAGUAAUGGACAAAAUUAAAGACAUUUCAUACAAACCCGGUGAAAGUAAUCUACAAGACGCUCUAGACAUUGUGAACUUCGAGAACUUCCGAGAGGACAAUGGAGACAGAGACUUUGCACGAAACUUAAUUGUUUUACUGACAGGAGUAGAUCGGAGCACGGAUCCUUACGAGGCGUUCCGGGCAGCAGAACGUGCUGAAGAUGAGGGCAUAAACAUUUAUACCGUAGGAUUUUACAUUAAUGACACAUUUGAGGUCGAUGAGGUUCCAACGCAUCCCCUCAGUACAUACAGAUAUUUGAUUACAAGAAAACAAGACAUCAAAGAAGUUCCAAGAAGGCUAGCAAGAUCGGUUGAUAAUAUCCUUCGUCCGAGAAGAGACAGACCAUUACCUACAACUACAACUACGACAACAACAACAACCACGACAACCCCACCACGUGAUUCCGGAUAUGAUGUUGUCAUUAUGAUGGAUUCUUCAGUUCCACAGAAAACGUUUGACGCCAUGAAAAAAUAUGCCAAAUCUUUAGUCAAUCGAUUUGACAUCGACAACAAAGAAUACACAGUGGGCCUUAUGAGAUAUGGCGAAUCCAACGAUAAGCAAUGGGAUCUAAAUGACUAUGCUUCGAAAAAGGACAUUGUUUCUGCUGUUGAUAGUGUGGGUCAUAAAAGAGGAACGGCAUCUGAUGCAGCAGGCGCCAUUCGUAUGGUACGACGAAGAAUGUUCAAUGAAAGAAAUGGCGACCGAGACUUCGCUCGAAAUCUCAUUUUCUUAAUGACAGCAAAUGAGAGGAGUGAUGAUAUAUAUGCCACAUGGAAUGAAGCAGAAGAGGCAGAAAAAGAAAAUAUUAAUCUGUACACUGUUGGUUUUGACUUAGACGAUACAACAGAAAUUGAUGAGACUUCAACCCACCCUCUCUAUAUUUAUCGUCAUCUCAUUAAUACAGAGGAGGGUGAUGAUGCUGUGGACAAAUCCACUGCAGAAAUUCUCGGUUUAAUUGAUGAAGAUGUAGAGCCACCAAGACCGAGACCAAAACCAACCACCACCACCACCACAAUGAUGCCAACUACAACAAUUAAUCAGUGUUUCGCAAAAGUGGAUUUGGUUUUCAUUCUGGAUUCGUCCACUAGCGUAGGAAACGAUAACUAUGACAAAAUGAAAGUGUUCGUUAAGAAGUUUCUUCACUCUGCAAACAUAGAUGGUGGGGAGGUGAGAGUCGGUCUUGUGUCUUACAGUACUCAAGUAACGGUAGAAUUCCAGCUCAAUACCUAUAACACAAAGGCAGAGUUGUUUGACGCCGUUGACAAAGUUCCUUGGAGAUAUGGAAGUACAAACACCGCCGAUGGACUUAAAACAAUGCACGAAGAAAUGUUCUCCGAAGCUAAUGGUGAUAGGGCAGGUGUUCCAAACAUAUGCAUUAUCAUGACUGAUGGCGUAUCCAAUAUCAAUUAUCAAAGGACGAUUCCUGAGGCUGAAAAAGCGAGAGAAAAGGGCAUACAUAUUUAUGCCAUUGGUAUUGCACUUAAAGAUUUGAAGGAAGUGAAUGGAAUUGCUAGUGAGCCAGCAAGUGUAAAUGCGUUUGCAGUUAAUUCCUUUGAUGAACUUGAAGGUUUAGAUGAGAAAAUCUUUGAAUCUGUCUGUCCAGUAAUAACUACGAUCAUACCUACGACAACCACAACAAAACCUCGAGACACUGGAUAUGAUGUCGUAUUCCUGCUAGAUUCUUCUGUGGAUGAUAGGAGAGUCUUUAAUCAAAUGAAGGACUUUGCUACAAAUCUUGUGGAUAAUCUCAGUAUCGAUGAUGAAGAGUAUCGCAUUGGUCUCGUACGCUACAGCGGGGAUUCAGAUACAUUUGCGCAUUUAAAAGACCUCGAUACGAAACAAGAAGUAAUGGACAAAAUUAAAGACAUUUCAUACAAACCCGGUGAAAGUAAUCUACAAGACGCUCUAGACAUUGUGAACUUCGAGAACUUCCGAGAGGACAAUGGAGACAGGGACUUUGCACGAAACUUAAUUGUUUUACUGACAGGAGUAGAUCGGAGCACGGAUCCUUACGAGGCGUUCCGGGCGGCAGAACGCGCUGAAGAUGAGGGCAUAAACAUUUAUACCGUAGGAUUUUACAUUAAUGACACAUUUGAGGUCGAUGAGGUUCCGACACAUCCCCUUAGUACAUAUAGAUAUUUGAUUACAAGAAAACAAGACAUCAAAGAAAUACCAAGAAGGCUAGCGAAUUCGGUUGAUAAUAUCAUUCGCCCGAGAAGAGACAGACCUCUACCUACUACUACAACUACGACAACCACAACUACCACUACAACCCCACCACGGGAUUCUGGAUAUGAUGUUGUCAUCAUGAUGGAUUCCUCAGUUCCACAGAAAACGUUCGAUGCCAUGAAAAAAUAUGCCAAAUCUUUGGUCAAUCGAUUCGACAUCAACAACAAAGAAUACACUGUGGGCCUUAUGAGAUAUGGAGAAUCAAACGAUAAGCAAUGGGAUCUAAAUGACUAUGCUUCGAAAAAGGACAUUGUUUCUGCUGUUGAUAGAGUGAGUCAGAAGAGAGGAACGUCAUCUGAUGCAGCAGGUGCCAUUCGUAUGGUACGACGAAGAAUGUUCAAUGAAAGAAAUGGCGACCGAGACUUCGCUCGAAAUCUCAUUUUCUUAAUGACAGCAAAUGAGAGGAGUGAUGAUAUAUAUGACACAUGGAAUGAAGCAGAAGAGGCAGAAAAAGAAAAUAUCAAUCUGUACACUGUUGGUUUUGACUUAGACGAUACAACAGAAAUUGAUGAGACUUCAACCCACCCUCUGUAUAUUUAUCGUCAUCUCAUUAACACAGAGGAAGGAGAUGAUGCUGUGGACAAAUCCACAGCAGAAAUCCUCAGUUUAAUCGAUGAAGAUGUAGAACCAGCAAGACCGAGACCAAAACCUACAACAACCACCACUACCACCACAAUGAUGCCAACUACAACAAUCAAUCAGUGUUUCGCAAAAGUGGAUUUAGUUUUCAUUCUGGACUCGUCCACUAGUGUGGGAAACGAUAACUACGACAAAAUGAAAGUUUUCGUUAAGAAGUUUCUUCACUCUGCAAACAUAGAUGGUGGGGAGGUGAGAGUCGGUCUUGUGUCUUACAGUACUCAAGUAACGGUAGAAUUCCAGCUCAAUACCUAUAACACAAAGGCAGAGUUGUUUGACGCCGUUGACAAAGUUCCUUGGAGAUAUGGAAGUACCAACACCGCCGAUGGACUGAAGACAAUGCACGAAGAAAUGUUCUCCGAAGCUAAUGGUGACAGGGCAGGUGUUCCAAACAUUUGCAUUAUCAUGACUGAUGGUGUAUCCAAUAUCAAUUAUCAAAGAACAAUUCCUGAGGCUGAAAAAGCGAGAGAAAAGGGCAUACAUAUUUAUGCCAUUGGUAUAGCACUGAAGGAUUUGAAGGAAGUGAAUGGCAUUGCUAGUGAGCCAGCAAGUGUAAAUGCGUUUGCAGUUAAUUCCUUUGAUGAACUUGAAGGUUUAGAUGAGAAAAUCUUUGAAUCUGUCUGUCCAGUAAUAACUACGACCAUGCCUACGACAACCACAACAAAACCUCGAGACACUGGAUAUGAUGUCGUAUUCCUGCUAGAUUCUUCUGUGGAUGAUAGGAGAGUCUUUAACCAAAUGAAGGAUUUUGCUACAAAUCUUGUGGAUAAUCUCAGUAUCGAUGAUGAAGAGUAUCGCAUUGGUCUCGUACGCUACAGCGGGGAUUCAGAUACAUUUGCGCAUUUAAAAGACCUCGAUACGAAACAAGAAGUAAUGGACAAAAUUAAAGACAUUUCAUAUAAACCCGGUGAAAGUAAUCUACAAGACGCUCUAGACAUUGUGAACUUUGAGAACUUCCGAGAGGAUAAUGGAGACAGGGACUUUGCACGAAACUUAAUUGUUUUACUGACAGGAGUAGAUCGGAGUACGGAUCCCUAUGAAGCGUUCCGGGCAGCAGAGCGUGCUGAAGAUGAGGGCAUAAACAUUUAUACCGUAGGAUUUUACAUUAAUGACACAUUUGAGGUCGAUGAGGUUCCGACAUAUCCCCUUAGUACAUAUAGAUAUUUGAUUACAAGGAAACAAGACAUCAAAGAAGUUCCAAAAAGACUAGCCAAUUCUGUUGAUAAUAUUCUUCGCCCGAGAAGAGACAGACCUUUGCCUACCACUACAACUACGACAACAACAACAACAACACCACCACGGGAUUCUGGAUAUGAUGUUGUCAUCAUGAUGGAUUCCUCAGUUCCACAGAAAACGUUUGAGGCCAUGAAAAAAUAUGCCAAAUCCCUGGUCAAUCGAUUCGACAUCGACAACAAAGAAUACACAGUGGGCCUUAUGAGAUAUGGAGAAUCAAACGAUAAGCAAUGGGAUCUAAAUGAUUAUCCUUCGAAAAAGGACAUUAUUUCUGCUGUUGAUAGUGUGGGUCAUAAAAGAGGAACGGCAUCUGAUGCAGCAGGUGCCGUCCGUAUGGUACGACGAAGAAUGUUCAAUGAAAGAAAUGGCGAUCGAGACUUCGCUCGAAAUCUCAUUUUCUUAAUGACAGCAAAUGAGAGAAGUGAUGAUAUAUAUGCCACAUGGAAUGAAGCAGAAGAGGCAGAAAAAGAAAAUAUUAACCUGUACACUGUUGGUUUUGAUUUGAAUGAUACAACAGAAAUUGAUGAGACUUCAACCCACCCUCUCUAUAUUUAUCGUCAUCUCAUUAAUACAGAGGAAGGAGAUGAUGCUGUGGACAAAUCCACAGCAGAAAUCCUCGGUUUAAUUGAUGAAGAUGUAGAGCCACCAAGGCCGAGACCAAAACCAACAACCACCACUACUACCACUACAAUGAUGCCAACUACAACAAUCAAUCAGUGUUUUGCAAAAGUGGAUUUAGUUUUCAUUCUGGACUCGUCCACUAGUGUGGGAAGCGAUAACUACGACAAAAUGAAAGUUUUCAUUAAAAAGUUUCUUCACUCUGCAAACAUAGAUGGUGGGGAGGUGAGAGUCGGUCUUGUGUCUUACAGUACUCAAGUAACGGUAGAAUUCCAGCUAAACACCUAUAACACAAAGGCAGAGUUGUUUGACGCCGUUGACAAAGUUCCUUGGAGAUAUGGAAGUACAAACACCGCCGAUGGACUGAAGACAAUGCACGAGGAAAUGUUCUCCGAAGCCAAUGGUGACAGGGCAGGUGUUCCAAACAUUUGCAUUAUCAUGACUGAUGGCGUAUCCAAUAUCAAUUAUCAAAGAACAAUUCCUGAGGCUGAAAAGGCGAGAGAAAAGGGCAUACAUAUUUAUGCCAUUGGUAUAGCACUGAAGGAUUUGAAGGAAGUGAAUGGCAUUGCUAGUGAGCCAGCAAGUGUAAAUGCGUUUGCAGUUAAUUCCUUUGAUGAACUUGAAGGUUUAGAUGAGAAAAUCUUUGAAUCUGUCUGUCCAGUAAUAACUACGACCAUGCCUACGACAACCACAACAAAACCUCGAGACACUGGAUAUGAUGUCGUAUUCCUGCUAGAUUCUUCCGUGGAUGAUAGGAGAGUCUUUAACCAAAUGAAGGACUUUGCUACAAAUCUUGUGGAUAAUCUCAGUAUCGAUGAUGAAGAGUAUCGCAUUGGACUCGUACGCUACAGCGGGGAUUCAGAUACAUUUGCGCAUUUAAAAGACCUCGAUACGAAACAAGAAGUAAUGGACAAAAUUAAAGACAUUUCAUACAAACCCGGUGAAAGUAAUCUACAAGACGCUCUAGACAUUGUGAACUUCGAGAACUUCCGAGAGGACAAUGGAGACAGGGACUUUGCACGAAACUUAAUUGUUUUACUGACAGGAGUAGAUCGGAGCACGGAUCCUUACGAGGCGUUCCGAGCGGCAGAACGUGCUGAAGAUGAGGGCAUAAACAUUUAUACCGUAGGAUUUUACAUUAAUGACACAUUUGAGGUCGAUGAGGUUCCGACACAUCCCCUUAGUACAUAUAGAUAUUUGAUUACAAGAAAACAAGACAUCAAAGAAGUUCCAAGAAGGCUAGCAAGUUCGGUUAAUAAUAUACUUCGCCCGAGAAGAGACAGAGCAUUACCUACCACGACAACCACGACAACAACAACAACCACGACAACCCCACCACGUGAUUCCGGAUAUGAUGUUGUCAUUAUGAUGGAUUCCUCAGUUCCACAGAAAACGUUUGACGCCAUGAAAAAAUAUGCCAAAUCCCUGGUCAAUCGAUUCGACAUCGACAACAAAGAAUACACUGUUGGCCUUAUGAGAUACGGAGAAUCCAACGAUAAGCAAUGGGAUCUAAAUGACUAUACUUCGAAAAAGGACAUUGUUUCUGCUGUUGAUAGUGUGGGUCACAAAAGAGGAACGGCAUCUGAUGCAGCAGGUGCCAUUCGUAUGGUACGACGAAGAAUGUUCAAUGAAAGAAAUGGCGAUCGAGACUUCGCUCGAAAUCUCAUUUUCCUAAUGACAGCAAAUGAGAGGAGUGAUGAUAUAUAUGCCACAUGGAAUGAAGCAGAAGAGGCAGAAAAAGAAAAUAUUAACCUAUACACUGUUGGUUUUGACUUGAACGAUACAACAGAGAUUGAUGAGACUUCAACCCACCCUAUCUAUAUUUAUCGUCAUCUCAUUAAUACAGAGGAAGGAGAUGAUGGUGUGGACAAAUCCACAGCAGAAAUCCUCGGUUUAAUUGAUGAAAAUGUAGAGCCUCCAAGACCUCGACCCAAGCCGACAACAACGACAACUACCACAACACCUUUACCGACAACAACUAUAAACCAAUGUUUUGCUAAAGUAGAUUUGAUUUUUGUAUUGGACUCUUCUACGAGUGUGGGGAAUGACAAUUACAGCAAAAUGAAAGAUUUUAUCAAGAAGUUUCUCCAUGAAGCUAAUAUUGACGGUGGAGAAGUACGGGUUGGCCUUGUGUCCUACAGUACUGCUGUAACGGUGGAAUUCCAGCUGAACUCCUACUCAACCAAAGCUGAUUUGUUUGAAGCUGUUGAUAAUGUACCUUGGAGAUAUGGAAGUACCAACACUGCUGAUGGCCUGAAAAUGAUGCACGAGGAAAUGUUUACGGAGUUAAAUGGAGACAGACCCGGUGUUCCAAAUAUCUGUAUAAUAAUGACAGACGGUGUAUCUAAUAUCAAUUACCAAAGAACCAUUCCUGAGGCAGAAGCAGCGCGGAAAAAAGGAAUUCAUAUUUAUGCAGUUGGGAUCGCUCUGAAGGAUCUAAAGGAAGUCAAUGGGAUAGCAAGUGAGCCUGCAAGCCUGAACGUCUUUUCCGUAGACAGUUUCGAUGAAUUGGAAGGUCUUGACGAAAAAAUCUUCGAAUCUUCAUGUCCAGUUCCAACCACCACUGUACCAUCACUUCCUCGGUCUGGUUACGACGUUGUCCUACUGAUGGACUCUUCUGUUCCGCCUCAAACUUAUCAAUUCAUGAAAGACUAUGCAAAAGAUCUUGUCAAUGGAUUUAAUAUCGAAGACCAAGAAUACCAAGUCGGUCUAAUGAGUUAUAGCGGAGACGCAGAUGUUCAAUUUGACUUAAAUGACUACAGUACAAAAGAGGACAUCAAACUUGCUAUUGACAAAGCUUCAUAUAAACCCGGGGAAACAGAUACCGCAAAAGCUAUCGAUUCAGUUCGCCAAGGUAUGUUUCGCAAAUCCAGUGGUGAUAGAGACUACGCAAGGAAUCUAAUAGUUUUGCUAACCGGACAAGACCAGAGUAAAGACACGUAUGGCGCUUGGGCCGCUGCUGAAAAGGCAGAGGCGGCGGGAAUUAAUUUGUUCACCGUUGGUAUUAACCUUAACGAUACAACCGAAAUUGAUGAAUUGUCAACUCAUCCAUUGAAGACUUUCAGACAUCUUAUUAACACCUACUCACCACCGGCACAAAUUAAUCGCACUGCCAAUGAAAUCCUUGGACUUAUUGAUGACGAGGUGCAACCCGAAAGACCGAGACCAAAACCAACAACGCCUCCAGUUCCUGGUGAAUGCUUCCAAAGAGUAGACUUAGUGUUUGUUUUGGAUUCAUCUACAAGUGUGGGAAACGUGAACUUUGGGAAAAUGCUAGAUUUUGUUAAAAACUUCUUACAUUCUGCCAACAUUGAUGGAGGUGAAGUUAGAGUUGGUAUUGCGACGUAUAGUACAGGUGCCAGGAUAGAAUUUAAUUUGAAAGACUAUACUACCAAAAAUGACUUGUUUAAAGCAGUUGAAAACAUUGCCUGGCAAUACGGCAGCACAAAUACAGCCGAUGCACUGCUUCUUAUGCAUGAUACCAUGUUCACGGCCGUUAAUGGUGAUAGAGCAGAUGUACCAAAUAUCUGUAUUGUUAUCACUGACGGUGUGUCAAACAUUAACUAUGGCAGAACAAUACCCGAAGCUGACGCUGCCCGCAAGAAGGAUAUCCAUAUUUAUGCAGUUGGUAUUGGUCUACAAGAUUUAAAUGAAGUUAAUGGUAUCGCAAAUAAGCCAUCCAGUGAAAAUGCUUUCUCUGUGAACAACUUUGAUGAAUUAGAAGGUCUAGAUGAAACAAUUUUUGAGUCUGCUUGCGCAGUUACAACUGUUGCACCGCCUUCGACGACUACUUUAAGUUCGUGUGGCUUUGAGAAGGUGGAUUUGGUCUUCAUUCUGGACUCGUCAACUAGUGUCGGUCAAAAUAACUUCCAGAAAAUGCUGGAUUUCUGUAAAGAUUUCCUGAAAAAUUCCGAUAUCGAUUCUGGAAGUGUUCGAGUAGGAAUUCUAAGCUACAGUACAAAAGUGCAUGACCACUUCUUUUUGAACGCCUAUGACACUUCCACGGAGAUGUUUAAUGCUAUUGACAAAAUCAGUUGGAUUUUUGGAAGUACCAAUACAGCUAACGCGAUCAGAGAUAUGAGAGAGAAAUAUUUCUCAUUCGCCAAUGGCGAUAGAUGGGACGCUCGAAACAUUGCUGUUAUCCUGACCGAUGGUGUUUCUAAUAUCAAUGCAAAUAGAUUGCAAGAUGAAGUAAGACAGGCAAGGAACGAGGGCAUACAUAUCUAUGCGAUAGGUAUUGGGCUGAGUGAUGUAACUGAAUUAAAUCAAAUAGCGUCCGUUCCUGCCUCCGAAAACACCUUUAUUGUAAAUAACUUUGAUGAACUGAAAGACUUGGAUGAGCGGAUCUUUAGAUCUCUGUGUCCUGCAUCAUCACCUAGGCCCACCAGAAGAAUAACAACUACAAAAACCACCAGAAAACCCACCACAACUAGACCACGAACUACCACAACUACUCCCACUCCAACAACAACGGAGAGAUCUACCGGAUAUGAUGUCGUAAUAUUGCUUGAUUCCUCUGUAGAUCCUCGCACUUUCAAUUUCAUGAAAAAGUACGCCAGUAAUCUUGUAGACAACCUGAGCGUCGAUGAUGAAGAAUACAAAGUUGGUGUUAUGCGAUAUAGCGAUAACCCCGAUGUACAGUUUGAACUUAACAGAUAUAACAAUAAAGCUUCCAUCAAGAAUGCUAUUAGCAGAAUCAGAUAUCGGCGUGGCCGCACAAAUACAGAUAGAGCACUUGACGCUGCAAGACAGAGGAUGUUUACACCACGAAAAGGAGACAGGGGUUAUGCUAGAAAUCUGAUAGUACAUAUUACAGGUAACGAUAGAAGUAAUGAUAUUUAUGACACAUGGGCGGCAGCAGAGCGAGCAGAGAAAGACGAUAUCAACAUUUAUACCGUUGGCAUCAACCUACAGGACUUGACUGAGAUAAAUGAAUUAUCCUCAUAUCCAUUAAACACAUAUAGAACACUGAUAAACACCAGCAUGGACCAGCCGCAAGUGGAUAGAUCACUUACCAGUCUUGUUCGAACAAUCGAUGUAGAUGUGGAUCCUUGGAGACCUCGACCCAAACCGACAACGACAACCUCACCAACUACCCCUACGACAACACCCAGGACAACAGGAAAAGACCUGAUCUUUAUGUUAGACUCAUCAGUCCCCCCAGAGAUCUUCAACUGGAUGAAAUCAUAUGUAUCUAAUAUGGUCCAGGGCAUGAAUAUAGACAAUGAAGAAUACAGAGUAGGGUUGAUGAAAUUCGGUACCAAUCCAAGCCUAGAAGCCCAUCUUAGACGAUAUCAGAAUAAAGAUGAUGUUUUGAGAGCAGUUAAACGAAUUGGAUAUUCACCAGGAAGAACAAAUACAGAUAGAGCCAUUAAUUAUGUCCGCCGGAAUAUGUUUGCACCUUAUAGAGGCGAUCGAGACUUCGCUAGAAAUAUAGUUGUUCUUCUCACAUCAAAUGACAAGAGUGCCGAUACGUAUCGAACCUGGGCCGCUGCAGAGACGGCCGAGAAAUCAGGAAUCAACUUUUUUACUGUCGGCAUUAACUUAAAUGACACCACAGAAAUUGAUGAGCUAUCCACGCAUCCUUUGUCGACGUACAGGCAUCUCGUUAACACUGAUAUGAAUGACAGACAGGUGAAUGACUCCGCAAACAGAGUUUUGGGAUUAGUUGAUGAGGAUAUCGAACCACCAAGACCUCGACCUAAACCGACAACACCUCCACCAGUUACCACUCCAGAGCCACUGACGAGAGGACAAGAUAUCGUGGUUAUCAUGGAUUCCUCUGUAAAACCCGAGCAGUUCCGGUCAUUCAAAAACUUUGUUAAAUAUCUGGCGGAAAAUGUGAACGUUGAUAGCGGUGAAGUCCGAAUUGGAUUGAUGAGCUACAGUACACGACCGAGUGUCCAAUGGCAGCUAAAUGCUUAUGAUAAAAAAGACAAAAUAGUAAGUGCAGUGGAUAGAAUAACUUAUAGAGCAGGGGAUAGAAACACUGCUAGAGCAAUAAAUGAAGCCAAGACCUACAUGUUCACCAGAAGGAACGGAGACCGAAGUUUUGCAAGAAAUUUCAUCAUUCUUUUAACUGGUGAGAAGGAGAGCACCGAUCGAUAUAAGGCUUAUGAAGCCGCAUAUCAGGCAGAAAGAGAUGGUAUCAACUUGUUUACAGUCGGCUAUUAUCUGGAUGAUACAACAGAAGUAAGCGAAAUUGCUACCUAUCCCUUACGAACGUACCGUCAUUUGGCAACUCGUGAGAGUGAUCUUCUAGAAGUUCCUGGGAUAUUACAAUUUGCACUGAAAGAGAUGGGAGACACCCCAGAACGCGCACGCAGAAGACCUGAAAGACCUACUACGCUGCCUCCACCCACUACAACAAGAAGACCUGGGGUUUGCAGAGGACAGGGUGAUGUUGUUUUUAUACUGGACACUUCCGGUAGUGUGGGCCAAGACGGAUUCCAGAAAGUCUUGAACUUUACCUAUACAGUUAUUUCUGACCUUGACAUUGACAGCGGGAAUUUCCGGGUCGCUGUUAUAACAUUUAGCGAUUGGCCAAAUUUGGAGUUUGACCUCUCGGAAUAUAGUACAAGAGCAGAGAUAGAGAGUGCGUUACAGCGAGUGAAUUACGUCUAUGGAUCAACACACACCUCCUCUGCUCUCCGUCUUGCCAGGGAACGGGUGUUUAUAUCCACAGCAGGAGACCGAGUUGAUGUCCCGAAUGUCGUUAUCACUAUCACUGAUGGUGAAUCGAAUAUUAACCCUCAGGAUACCAUCCCAGAAGCCUUACUAUUAAAGAGAACCGGGGCCACUUUGUUAACGGUGGCAGUAGGAUACACCCAUCGGGAAGAAGAACUGAUUGGUCUGACAACGCCUCCUGUCAAGGAAAACCUACUCCGUGUAGAAAACUUUGAUGCCCUGCAUAACUUUGGUUCUACAUUGGUCAAUCCACUGUGCAAUGAUGCAAACACUUGUUCCACGAAACCUUGUCAGAACGGUGCCUUCUGUAUAGACCGCAUUGGUUCGUAUCAGUGUGUGUGUACAAAUGGCUACCACGGGAAAGACUGUGACCAAAAAUGUGGAAAUCCAGCCGAUGUCGUGUUCGUCAUGGACUCUUCAGAUGGAAUCGGGGAACAUACUUUUAGGCGUAUUAAAGGGUAUGUUGACUACCUUGUCCGAGAAAUGAACAUUGAAGAAUGUGACAUCAGGGUCGGUGCCAUGAAAUACAGCUCCUCGCCCAUGAUACAAUUUGGUAUCGGACAGUAUAAGGAUACGAAUACUAUUACAAGAAUGGUUGACCAUAUUGGGUACACCAGAGGAAAAGCAAACAUGGCAGGUGCAUUAAGAAGUCUCCGAACGAAUAUGUUCAACGGUAAUGGAGACAGACCAAACGUGAAGAACGUAGCUUACCUCAUAACAGACGGGUCUGUGGAAGUGAACGAGGAUACGACAAUGCAAGAGGCGGAAUUAACCAUUGGAUCCGACAUUCAGAUUGUCCCCUUAACAGUAGACAUGCAUAGGCGAGAUGAGGUGGAAAGCAUCGCGUUGGCUCAAGGGAUGAAGGCAAUGGAAAUUCCAGAUGAGGCCAAGCUUUAUGAAAUGCGCGAUGAGGUUUUGGAUCCAAUCUACGACAGUAAUGACUACUGCGCCGACAGUCCUUGCAGAAAUGGAGGGAAUUGCAGGAACAACAAUGGGGGAUUUCUUUGUGAAUGUAAACCUGGCUUUUCCGGAGAUCUGUGUCAAAAGAGAUGUCCUUCUACGGGAGACAUUGUUUUUGCUGUGGAUGCCUCUAGAUAUGUAAGUCGGAAAGAACUCAGGGAUAUGAAAAAAUUCAUGAAGCAGCUCGUCCGACGAAUGGCUUUCCGAAGAACUGGUUUCCGCGUCGGAAUUGUCCAGUUUGCUGGAAGCGCUAUGGUACGACUUGAUUUUAGGGAUGGUUUGAAGAAGAGAAAUGUAAAUUCAGCAGUCUCUGGAAUACGACGUCAACGUUCAGACCCUGUGCCUAUGGAAGCUCUGCGUAAAGCAAGAUUAAGGAUUUUCGGAACACCUUCUGACCGUUCUAAUGUACAGAAUACUAUUAUCUUUAUAACAAAGAGCAUGCGCAAGGAGAGUGAACUAAUCAGAGAGGCUGGAAAACUAAAAAUGGAAGGGACCAAUAUCAUUGGAAUUGGAAUUGACUUAUCGGAGUCAGAUAAAAAUUUCCUGAAGACUGCUGUAUCGCCGCCGAUGCUAGCCAACGCACAUUUCCUUUCAAAUGGCGAUAGCUUGACAAGUCUCACAGACACUAUUAUGACAUAUCUUUGCAAUGAGAACAUUGCUUGCAGUGACAACCCCUGUCAGAAUAACGGAACAUGUACAAGUUUAUCGAGUACGGAAUACACGUGUACAUGUACCAAAGGAUUCGCCGGAAAGAACUGUGAAGAAACUAAUGGUAAUGUUGCUGACAUUGCCUUCCUUGUGGAUGCUUCCGGGAGCGUUGGAAUAGACAAUGUGGACCGAAUGAAGGAAUUCGUUUACUCCUUGGUGGAAAAGAUUUCUAUUGGUCAAACAGACAAUCGUGUCGCCCUUGUCUCUUACAGCUCGGAGCCUCAAAUGGGGUUCCAUCUCAACAGCUUCUAUACCAAAAAGGAGGUUAUGAAUGCAAUAUCAGCCAUGCAGUACAGGUACGGAAGUACUAAUACUGCCGCUGGACUGAGAAUGGUUCGACAAGAGAUAUUUAACCCUAAUAAUGGGGACAGACCCAGUGUUCCAAACACACUAAUUUUGAUCACGGACGGCAACUCAAACAUUAACGCUGAUGACACUGUACCCGAAGCUCUGCGGUUGAGGGAACAAGGAGUUCAUGUAUUUGUUGUCGCCGUCGACUUUUCUGGAGACAUGGAAAGACAGGAAAUAGACGACAUCGCCUCUCAGCCAGCGUCUGAAAACGUGUAUUGGGUCAAUGAUUAUUCCGCACUUCCGGGUGUCGGGGGUACUAUUUUCAACAAAAUGUGUUCACCAGACAUGAACAAAGACAUAUGUGACACCAAUGAAAUAAAAUGUAAACAUGGCGGCCGUUGUGUGUCUGCUGCUGUCACCGGAACUUACAGGUGUGACUGUAUCCCAGGAUUCACCGGGGCUCUUUGUGAGAUAGCCUGCCCAAGCAGCUUCGAUAUUGCCAUAGUAAUCGACUCUUCUUCCAGUGUUGGACGAGGAAACUUCCGACUGAUCAAGAAUUUUACAAGUUCCGUCGUGGAAAAGAUGCACAAAAUUUCCAGAAACAACAGGUUCGCCAUGAUCACCUUUAAUCAGGAAGUGAAGGUCGUCUUCAGUUUUAGUCGUUAUUCUGCUCUGUCCGCCAUGACUACUGCGAUAGAGGGGGUGAGGUACAAACCCGGGGGUACCAACACGGCGCUAGCACUGAGGGCCGCUCACGGUCUUCUGCAGAACGAUUUUGGCGCCAGAAGGUCAGCCAAGAACGUGGUGAUCCUAAUCACGGACGAAGGGUCCAAUAUCAACGCCACUGAAACCCUCCCGGCAGCGAGGGAGUUAAAGGAGGACGGUACCCACGUCAUUGCUAUAGGAAUCGGUCUUGACACCGCUGGGCAACUGGCGGCACAAGAAAUCAAGGACAUCGCGUCCGCAGACGACAAAGAUCUGAUCAAACUGAACAGUUACAGUGCCUUAAAAGGAAUUGAGAGUGACGUCAUUAAUCAAAUGUGCGAAUUUGGUGAAGAUGAUGGUAACUAGCAUUGUAGAUUAUUUUAAUUGUCAUUCCAUGUAGGGUAAAUUUAACAAAUUACGUUCGUUUUGUAAAAUAUGAAUCUACGCAGCAGUUGUUUUGCAGCAUAUUUUACAUGGUUGUAUUAUAUAAUGUAUGAUACAGAGCCAAAAUAUACACGUGUUUCAAUUCAUAUUUAUAUCGAUGAAUUCUUAUAUGUAUCUAGUAGUAUUUAUGUGAAGUGCCAUUUGAUAUAUUCUUUUUAGUUGUUAAGAAGUCUUUGUGCACAACUGUUUAGUUACAUCAAACGUAUUCUUUUAAUAUUGUUACAUAUUUUUUUACUGACUACAUGUAACUAUAAGUAUUAAAGAAUGCAUGAUAUUAGAGUGGGAUUUUUAUUUAUUGUUUUGUACCAUUUAGAAAAACAUUUUAAGUCCAACGAAUGGUAGAGAAAUGAAGUUUCGCAAUAAUGUUCAACGUUGUACUAUAUAGCUUUGUAAUAAAAUAUUUUUUAUGACUUGUA